CCUGGAAAAAUCCUGAGGAGCAGCAUCUCAGCUCCCUGUAAAGGUUCUAAUGGAACCAUCGGUUAAUACAGCUGGAAUUGUUCCUUGUACAUCAAUAUGGGUUUAUAUUGUUGUUAAUUAUAAGAAUAACAAUUGUCUGUCAAUAUGACAGCAGAUUAACAUCUGAACCAGGAGGCGGACCCUGCGUGCCUGUCACGUAGCUGACUUCAUCUUUCACGCGCACCUUCCUUUGUGAGACAGACAGGUAAACCCCUGCUGACAUUUGUGCUCUACGCUGAGUCACUGCGGAAUAAAGCCGACCACUUGUUGAACCUCCAACGGACCAGAACACACACCAACGGAGACACCUCUUCCAAAUCAGAAGUUCUGCGGGCUUUAUCUACAGGUUGGAGCGGCUUCCCAUUCACACUGCCGCACCCAAGAUGAAAACGAAAGCUCGCCUGCUCAUUUUAUUUUUGAGUGUUUCUGGCGUCUGUGUUUUUUGGAGAGAAGUGUCACAAUACGUUCCGCCUCAGGAACAAAGAUCCUGUGCUUGUGACCGAUGUCUAUUUGAAAAUGAUACGUUGGCCAUUGAGCGCUUGAGGAAGUUUCCGCAACCAUUUUUAUCCAGCAACUACAGUCUGCCAGAAGAGGAUUUCAAAUGGUGGAGGGUCAUACAGCGUGGAGGCGGUAACAUCAGUGAAUACAGACGAAACAUGUCAAGGAUUUUUCAGCUGAUCCCAGACAACCCUCCUCUUGAAGCAUCCAUCCCCGGCCGGUGCAGGACUUGUGCUGUGGUGGGAAACUCUCGUAAUUUGUUAAAAUCACAUUACGGACCUUUCAUAGAUUUCCAGGAUUACGUCAUAAGAAUCAACAGGGGUCGAUCAAAAGGCUUUGAAGCAGAUGUUGGGAACAGAACAACUCAUCAUGUCAUGUACCUGGAGAGUGCUUCUCAGUUAGAUAACACCACUCGUCCGGUGCUGUUUACCUUUAAAAUGAGGGAUCUUCCAUGGAUUACGAGGGUCCUCAGCACACAACCUUCUGGAAAAAAGUCCAUUCCAAGAAAAUCCUUAUUCAACAAGGAUUUGGCGAUGGUUGUUAACCCAGCUUUUAUGAGGUAUAUUCAUCAAGUGUGGCUGCAAAAGAAGGGCGCUUAUGCCUCCACUGGCUUCAUGGCUUUGGCUCUUGCCCUGCACAUUUGUGACGAGGUCCAUGUGUUUGGUUUUGGAGCAGACAGUGAUGGAAACUGGAGUCAUUACUGGGAAAAAGUCCCCAACAAAAAAGUAAAAACUGGAGGACAUCCUGGAAAUGUUGAGUAUGAAAUGAUCGAGGAGCUGGCAAGGCAUCAAAUACUCAAAUUCUAUACAGGGUGGUAAUGUUUCUCUCAGCAUUUAACUUAUUUAAGGCUUUACAACGGAUCGCUUACCAAGAAAAACAAGACUAAGAAGCCUUCAAGAGACAUCGGGACUGAACUGACUCUACAUGUGUUGUGAGUCUUUGUGUGGAUGUUGGUGUUUAAACUAUACAAACUGCUUCAGAGACAUUGACCCCAAAUUGAUUCCAAUUCACUGCAUGAUCCCAGCAAGACAUGAUUUUCUCAGCUUUUUCUUAUUCCUUGUCUUUUUAUUUUAAUGCACCACAUAAAUACAUUAUUGAGUUCUGGAGAGAAAAAAAGUACCAAAGUAAAUAAAGAUAGUUCAAACACAAUUCACAUUGUUUACUUGAAGCUACAGUUUUAUAAGAUCUAAUCACACAAGAUUACAAGAAAAGUUAAUUUAUAUUCAUACAGUAUCAGUUUUGAAAGAUUGAUGUGUGACUUUAGAGACACUAGCUUUGCUAUAUGCUGUAUUGUUGCUAUACUUAGAAACAAAACAGCAUAUAGCAAAGCUCUAUACACGGAUAUACUAUGUAGAUUAUAUAACCACCUAAGUGUCUUGUCAAUUGUGACAACCAUAUUCUAAUGAGUAAUGUAAAUUAAAAGUUGUAUUCUUGCUGAUAUACAAAGAAAUAACAGGGGGAAAUGUAUUCCUCCAAAUG